GGUAAAUUGAAGUCGUAUGUUCGCAACAAAGCGCGUCCAGAAGGUUCAAUUGCAUAAUCAUAUUUGGCAGAUGAGUGCAUGGCAUUUUGUUCGCGAUACUUGGAAGGUUUCCCUACCAAGCAUAACAUACCAUCAAGGAAUAAUGACAAACCAGAUCAAUUUGAGACUCCCAUGAGUAGGCAAGAAUCCACUUUGUUUCCUCUAGUAGGAAAACCAUUGGGAAAACCAUCGGCGUACUCCUUAACUGAUAGAGAGAAAUUGCAAGCACAUAGAUAUGUGCUAUACAACUGUGAUGCUGUAGUGCCAUAUCUAAAAGAACAUGCUGCUAAUUUGCAAAGGAAGAAACGCAAAAGGCUAACUCCAAAAAACAUUGAGAACAUGCAAAAUGAACAAUUCCCUGAUUGGUUCAGAGAUCAUAUCUUGCAGUUGGAGAAUCAAAGAGGUAUCGAUAGUAUUGAUGAGGAUAUUAGAUGGCUGGCACGUGGACCAAUUGAGGUAGCAAAACGACAUAGAGCAUUCAAUACCCGUGGGUAUAGGUUCAUAUCAAAGCGUUAUGACAGGGUGACUCAAAACAGUGGAGUUGUUGUGACUGCAAAAACAUCGAGCUACACGUCCGCCAGUGAUACUAACCCUGUCCUUGGUGAUAUCAUGUAUUACGGAAGGAUACUUAAUAUAAUUGAGUUAGACUACUACGGAAAUUUCUCAGUUGUGUUGUUUAAAUGUGAAUGGGUCGAUGUAACUAAAGGAAAAGGAGUGAAAAUAGAUAUGUUUGGCUGCACACUUGUGAAUUUCUCAAAUAAAUUCAUACCGGUGAAAAGAUUGAGCAUGAGCCCUUUGUAUUUGCAAAUCAAGUCGACCAAGUGUUUUACAUUGAAAACCAUUUAAAUCCAGGGUGGUCUAUUGUAAGGAAGAUGAAACCUAGAGAUGUAUUUGAACUGGGCGAAGAAUGGAAUGAUGUGGAAUGCGAACCAUACCAUGUCAAUAAUCUUGGGGAGCUAUUUGACAGUGCACAUGAUGGUCAGACAUGGAUUCGAAGAGAUAUAGAAGGAACAACUGUCAAUAACAUGGUAACUAAUUAAAGUAAUUUUGGAUGGAGAUUUACUGCGAUGAAGGCUUCUUCACCACAAUAGCUUUUCUGGAUGAAAAUGUCAUUCGUAUAUUUCCUUGGAUUGUCUAAGUGAUUGAGCCAGAUCGAUUCAACUUUUUAUUUGCAUACAUAAGUCCUGUAAUAAUGUUCUACAUUAGUUAUAUACAGAAUUGGUGGUUAGAUCUUAUUUUUAAAUAUCUAGGAUAUCAUAUUGUUUAUAUGAUGAGAAAAAGGA